UCUCAAUCCGUCCACCCAUGCGUGCAGGCAUACGUAUUUCCUGCCUGCCUGCCUGCGCUCAUUGUAUUGCUGCCGAUACAUGGCGUACCUGACGUCACCACACCGACAGACGCCACUCACUCAAACACACUCACAUCACACUUGCCACACUUGCAUGCAGACAGCUCCCUUCCUUUGUGUACUUGUCACUCAUUCCCAGCGCCGCCCUUUUUCUUCGGCUUCCACGUAUAGCCGGUGGUCUGUUUGUACCCAAAGUGCUGAACGAGUGCGUCGCUGUCGGGUGGGCCGCGCGAGCCGAAGGGGUACGUGUGGACGGUCACAGGCGUGGCGUCGCCCCCUGCAAGCCCGUCGAUGGUGUGCAGCAUGGGGGUGAAGAUCCGCCAGGCCUCCCGCAGCUCGUCUGUUCGCACGAAGUUCCGCUUGUCGCCUUCAUGGACAGAGACAGACAGACAGACAGACACAGAGACAGAGGGAGGGAGCCAGUCUGAUGAAUGUCUGUGCUGUGUGGGUGUAAACUGUGUACUGUACCGUUGAGGCAGUCGAGACUGAGCCGUUCGUACGCGUCGGGCAGUCUGUCGAUGUCGAAUCGGUCGUGCAGGCUGAGGUCGAGCUCUGUCUGCACGACCUCGUUGCUGAGCCCCGGCUGCUUGCCGUAGAUCUUCAGGUACACGGACUCGUUCGGCUGCACCUGCAAUAUAUAUGCAGUCAGUCGACAGACAGACAGACAGACAGACAGAGGGAGGGAGGGAGGGAGGGAGGAAGGGGGCACACGUGCUCGCACGGAGACAGCUGGUCGGCCUACCUACCUUGAUGACGAGCUCGUUCCUCGCCAACUCGCCAAACAAACUGAAGCGCAACACAACGAACGGCGCAAAUACGGCGCAGACAGGCAGGGCAGGUGUUGUGUGUGCGUCUCUCUCUCUCUGUCUCUCUCUCCCUCCCCUGUGUGUGUGGUGCACGCCCACGACAUCCAUACCCGCCAGGGACGUCCUUGAGCUGAAUCCGCACCUCAGCCAUCCGCUCCUCCAGCGCCUUGCCUGCCUGCAAGGACAUAGACACACGUAUGCGCGCACGCAGGUUCGUAUGUAUGUCAUGAGGGUGAGUGUGUGCGGUGCGCGCCUUCAUGAUGAAGGGGACGCCGGCCCAUCUCUCGUUGUUGAUGAACAUGACCAGCGUCGCGAACGUGGGGCACUGCGAGUCAGCCGGCACACCGGGGUCCUGCAAAUCAAAUUGCCACACACACACACACAUACACGGACAAGACGUGAGACACAUGCACUAGGUGGCUCACGUCUUUAUAUCCUGGCGUCUUGCCGUCCUCCGAUCGAGUGUACUGACCCAGCACCACAUGCUCCGUCUCUGGUCACACGCGUGACCCAUCCAUCCAUCCAUCAAUCACUUUGUCAGCGUACGUGAUGCAUAUGGGUGUCCUGGGGCUUACUGAUAGGUCCGAUUUGUUUGAGGACCUUGACCUUCUCGUCGCGGAUGUCCUCAUCGAGCAGCGACGCCGGCCGCUCCAUCGCCACCAAUGUCAACAUCUUUACAGACGCAGACACACACACACAUAGAUACAUAGACCACCCAGCCGUGUGAGCGUAUAUGCCUUUCACCUGCAGCAGGUGGUUCUGCAUGACGUCGCGGAUGAUCCCCACCUUGUCGAAGUAGCCCCCACGGCCCUCCGUGCCGAUGUUCUUCACACACCAGAACACCAUACCCCAUCCAACACACUCACGCAAAGAUACCAGAACGUGUGUCGCUCGCUCGGUGUGGGUCAUGCUGAUGGCCAACUGACCUCCUUGAAUGUGAUUCUGAGGCUGUCAAUGUAGUGGUUGCUCCAGAUGGGUGUGAAGGCGACAUUGCCAAACCGUAGCGGUAUCAGGUCCAGCACCAUCUCCUUGCCCAAGUAGUGGUCGAUCCGAUACGUCUACAACACACCCGACACACAGACACACACGUAUACUCAUUCAUUCGCAAACAGAGGCAACGACACUUGUACGUACUUGUGUGGGUCCCACCUCUUUCUCCUCGAGCACGGCCAUGAGUUCGCUGGCGAGUUUGUCGGACGACGGCAGGUCGUGGCCGAAGGGCUUCUCAAUAACGACGCGAUUCCAUCCUGUCAUGUGCACAUCCAUCCAUAUGGCCCGCAGGAACAAUUCAUUCGUGCAAGCGCACCCUUUUGGCUCCAUGCCAGUGGCUUCAGGGCCCUCACUGCGUCUGCGAACAGGCUGGGAGGCAGCGCCAAAUAGUACUGCAUACACACGCGCACACAGUGUGUGCAGAGAGAGGUAGAUAGAGGUGUAUACAGUACGUGGGCUAUGCAUCGAUCGAUCAUCCACACGUGUGUACGUACCAUCCGGUUCGCCCGUGCGAAUUUGGCUUCGUGCUCCUUCUGAAGCAGCUUGUCCAGCCGGGCUGCGUCGUCGGGACUCCCGUACUGACCACGGCUGGACCACCCACCGAUCCAUCGACAAACACAGAGAAGAACACACACACAGGUGGAUGUGUGCAAGUGUCGUGGCGUGGCAAACAAGUCUCUCUCUCUCUCUCUCUCUGUGUGUGUGUGUGUGUGUGUGUGUGGCCUGCGAGCCUUACAAGUAGGAGCAUCUCUCUCUGAACGUGUCGGGGGAGAGGCAGAUGUGCGACAUGCCCCGGUGACGGGCCGACCGGUUGCCGAAAAACGCACUCACCUUCCUGACGCACACACACAAAUGAGCGAAUGGAUUGCACUAGGGGAGAGGAAAGGGUGCUCACGCAAGUCCAGGUGAGAGUCGCUCCCAGAAGUCGUCGAAUGAGAGGUCACUGCGCGCGUAGCCCUUCACACACACACACACACACAUGGACGAACGGGUGCGGUAACACAAAUAGGUAACACAAAUUUUGUGGAGCGUGGCGUGCGUACCACGAUCGUGAAGUUGCGGGGCAGCCGGCCUUCGCAGAAGAGGCUGAAUAGCGCCGGGCUGACACGCACACCACGCACCCACAGCGGUCUCUCUGUCUGUCUGUCUGUGCAUCCUGGCUCUCUCACUCACUAUGUCUUCUUCUUGGCCAGAUCGCCGGAUGCGCCUGUUUGGCAACAAGCGGCAUGUACAGGUGCAUUUGCCCGUGCAUACGUACCGAGGACGACGAAUGUGGUGUGCUCCUCAGACUCGGCCGGGUUCUCAAGCUCCUGUGUGUCUGGGACAUAGCCAUGGUGCAUGUAUCUCUUGGUUUGACCGCUUGCUUGUGACAUGUAGCAGCGGUGCCUGUACCUGACUGCUCAAGGGCGUGAGACGGAUGCUGCCAGUGGGCAUUCACUGGAGGCACAGCAAGCAAGUCGGCGCCGCACACCGUCGCCAAGACCACCAGACUCUUGAGCGACAGCAUUUUGAGGGGAGAAGGAUGCGACGGAUCCGCGGAAGUUGAGAGCAACCAGG